AUGCGCUCCCUCAACACUGGAUUUGAUGAACUCCAUGCCCUUGUGCAAGAUUUCGAUUUUGAGGUAAUUGGUGUCACUGAGACAUGGCUUGACCCUUAUACUCCUUCUCUCAGUUACGAGAUGCCGGGUUAUACUUUUUUGAGAGCUGACCGCAGUCUCCAGCCUGGUGGUGGCGUUGCUGUUUACAUCAAGGACUGUCUUAAAUUUGAGCGAGUCGAGCUGACCGAAGUUGACCCUAGUAUUGAACACAUUUCGUUUAUUGUCAGAAUGAGAGAGUGUAAACUAGGGGUUGCCAUCGUCUACAGACCGCCUGAUGUGAACUACACUUGCCUAAAAUCUCUGUUCCAGUCUGUUUUUGUGGACAUGGCUGUUGAGGUUAACUCUGUCGUCUGUUUGGGUGACAUCAACGUUGAUCUGAUGUCCAAUACCUGCAGUGCUGCUGGCUACCUUCGUCGUCUGAUUAAGUCUCACAACGUUGUACAGCACAUCAGUGAGCCGACUAGAGUUACUAGCACUUCAGAAACAUUGAUUGAUCAUCUGAUUGCUGACAAAGCUACCAAAGUAGAAAAGUAUGGAGUUAUAGACACAUCAAGUAUUAUUGAUCAUCGAGGAUUGAGAAUAACAGACCACAGACUCAUAUAUUGUAACUUAAGAUUCGAACAAGAGAAGACUCAGGCCAAGUUGAUAAGGUACAGAGAUUACUCCAAAUUUAAUUUUAAUGAAACAUUGGCAGUGGCUGCUGAAGUGGAUUGGAGUAGAGCAUGUGAUCUCAGCAGUGUUGAUGAUAUAGAAUAUUUCAUAACUUCCAACAUUAAAAGCAUUUUUGACAAACAUGCUCCAAUUGUCACUAAAAGAGUAACAAAAAAUAAGGCCCCCUGGAGAACCCGAGAAGUUAUAGAACUCACAAAAGUGAAAACCAGGUUGAAGAGGCAGUUUCUUAGGAAUCAGAAUGAUGCUAACUGGUCAGAAUAUAAAAGAGCCAGAAACACACUGAAUAGUGCUAUAAGAUCGGCAAAGAAGAGAUAUUUUGAAGAUAAUCUGGCCAAUUGUAGAGACUCUAGUAUUUUCUGGAAAUGCUUACGGCAGAAUGGUAUAGUGGGGUCAAAAGAUCAAAAACUGCCUCCAAACAUGAAUACUAAUGAUAUAAACAAGUACUUCACAGACAUGGGCACGUCUUGCGAACCAGAUGAAGCAUUGGAGCAGUUUUAUGAUAUGAACAGAAGGGUAGGACUAACUAACGAGUUUAAGUUUAGGAUAGUUUCACACAAAGAGGUGGUGUCAGCAAUGAAUGAAAUUACCUCUAAGGCAGUAGGAACAGACGACAUCGGUAUUGAUAUGAUAAGAGCAGUAAGCCCAUAUGCUAUUGAUGCCAUUACCCACCUUGUAAAUAUGUCCUUGGCAAGAGAUGAGUUUCCACAGACAUGGAAGAUGAGUAUAGUCAAACCAUUGCCGAAAACACAGAUACCAACAAGUGUUUCUCAUCUUAGACCCAUAUCAAUCUUACCAGCCAUGUCGAAAAUAGUGGAAAAAUUGGUUGUGAGACAAAUUGCGGAUUUUGUUGAUGAGUAA